AUGGUUUCCUCGGCUUCAUCCAUAGUAGGCCGCAAGACCGCCAAGAAGGGCAAUAUCCGCACAAAUCGGACAAUCAAGCGGCUGAAGAUGUAUAACACUCGACCUGUGCGCGACGAGAAAGGUAAGAUUCUCCACGAACAGUAUCACAACCCUACUGCCCAGCUCGACGGGCGGAUUGAACCAUCCAGGAAUUGGUUUGGAAACACACGUGUCGUUGGGCAGCAGGAUCUUGCAAAGAUGAGAGAGGUGAUUGCCAACGAAGAACACAAUCCAAACACAUUUCUGGUGCGUAACAAGCGUCUACCGACCGCCCUUAUACAUGAUGUAAAGCAGGAGACUGUUAGAAUCCAGGAGAUAGAGCCCUAUCAUCUCACUUUUGGGCCAAAGGCUCAGCGGAAAAGGAGCAAACUGACCACGUUCAACCCGGAAGAAAUACUGUCCACGGCACACAGUGAAGUAACUAACUACGAUAUUGAUAAAGACGGUAAUACGGUGAGCCAACGGGAGCUCCGUAAGACGGCCUUUAGGACAGAGUACGAUCCGCGACUAAUUAGAGGUCAGACAAAUAGGAUUUAUUCUGAAAUAUACAAAGUAAUUGAUAGUUCAGAUGUCAUCAUCUACGUCCUGGAUGCGCGGGACCCAGAAGGCACGCGCUCCAGAUUUUUAGAGAGGUACAUGAUGACACCAGAGAACGAGCACAGGCACAUGAUAUACUUGCUUAAUAAGUGCGAUUUGGUCCCAACGUGGGUUACUGCAUCGUGGAUAUCGAAACUAUCAAAGCUUAGACCUACAAUUGCCUUCCACGCAUCCAUUGAGCAUCCGUUCGGCCGCAAUGAGGUAUUUUCUAUUCUACGCCAGUUUGCUCAGCUACAUAGGGACAAAGCACAGAUAUCCGUUGGCUUCUGCGGAUACCCGAACACUGGGAAGUCAUCUGUUAUAAAUACUUUGCUAGGGAAGCAUAGUUGUAAGACUGCGCCAAUUCCAGGCGAGACGAAGGUCUGGCAAUAUGUAUCUUUGACCAAGCGAAUAAAUCUCAUUGAUGCCCCGGGUGUCGUUUGGGCUACUAAUCAACUGGAGCUUCCGAAUGAGCUGCGCAAUCUUUAUGACACAGGAACUGACCUUUCGCAAGGGCGAGCGACCGCUGCGCGCUCAGCUAUCGACGAUUUUAACUAUAUAAAUACUACAGACAUACACCUCGUCCUUUCGGGGGUUCUACGCGCAGAGUAUUUGGAAUUCCCGGAGAAGUUUAUUCCUUGCAUACUUCAGCGUGUGAAGCCGGAGUACAUCAACAAGACAUAUAAUAUUCGCCCUGCUUCUAACGUGGAUGAGCGGUGGGACGGAGACGUAGACAAGCUACUGGAAAUCCUUGCUUUCAAACAGGGCCGACUUCUAAAGGGAGGAGAGCCAGAUACACGAACUGUGGCAAGGAGAAUCCUUGAGGACUUUAUCAGAGGACGGAUACCACACUUUGUUAUACCCUACACGCGAGAAGAGGUUGAUGAGUACAAUGCCACGAUUGGAAAGGAGCGUAAGGCGUGGGGAAACAAGACAGAUGUGGAGCUCAUAAACUACGUAAAUACGCAGGACCUAAUGCUCCUUCCUAAGACUCUCAACUUCAAUGAGGAGGAAAUUGUCCACGAUGCAUUUGCGAUCAAUAACCGAUUGGAGGAGGUUUCCGAGUCUGAAGAGGAGGAGGUCCACGGUACAUCACGCCCCGUCCGAGAUGUUGCUGAGAUAGAUAACAACUCUGAGAGCAACGAGGUUAACCUGAGCGACGCCGCCCCUGAUGGAGAGACAGGACUGGCAGAUGAUUGGGACAGUGUCUUUGGACAAGGAGACACGCCGGCUCAAGCCGCAUCUAAGAAGAAGAAGCUAUCUAGUACUACUGCUGAAAAGUCAAUGACAGUAGGUGAGCGGGUAGCAGCUGCUCAAGCAAAGGAAGUUGUCAAUACCAAGACAAAGCCCAAGAAGCACCACGGGACAAGCGAGGGAAUAAAGAGGGCUGUUAAGCUAUUGAGGACUAAGAAUCGCGAGCUCACAAGGGCAUACUUGUCUGGGGUUGUCGGUGAUGACGACCUCAUCAUGGUCUCCGGAGCCUAUAAAAAGCAGAAGACUCCCAAACGCAACAGGGGCGGGUACGAUCAUGGAAAGACUGGGAGCCAAUUCUACGCCAAUGUGAGGGCACGCAGUGGGAGCAAAGCGGGCAAAAAAUAG